AUGCGUUCAUCCUUGCAUCUACUUGGCCUCGCCGGCUUCGCCCGCGCCCUCGUAUCCGAACCACAGGCGGUCACGGACAUUCCUGGUUACACCACCACUGCUCUAGGCAAUGCCGCCAUCCGAGCGCCUAACGACUGCAAUGGCAAAGGCAGUUACAUCAACGUCAAGACUUUUCCUGCUGAUUCACUAUUCGAUGCACAACGCUGCGCUCAAGCCUGCAAAGAGGAGACGCAAUUCAACCUGGACCACCUCAAUGGCCGCGCCAUCUGUCGGUUCUUCAACUCCUACCUAAGUUUGAAGAACGGAGAGCCAGUCGAACAGAUCUGCGCGCUGUAUACUCAGGCCUGGGAUGCUUCGUAUGCCGAUGAGACUGGCCAAUGGCGUGGUGACGACCACUACACCAUCUCGAAUUCCUACUCCUACGCCAGCAACACCGAUGCGUUUGUCGCACCUAUCUGCCCGUCCGACUUGAGCCAGCUGAGUACGCCUGAGAACCUCGACUUCUGUGCUAGCUACAUCGGCUACGUUCCCCCUGUGGAAACUUCCAACAUCGCCGCUACAGUCUCCACCCUUGCGCUCACCACCAUUACCGAAGCCUCUACCUCUAUACCACCUCCCGUGACCGUGACCAGCACCGUCAUCUCCUCUGGAGAAACAACAAUCAUCGUGGCCACUGAGACUAGACUGGUGACCGAGACCGUCACAGCCGCUGCAAGGAAGCGAGCGCUGGAGACCCCAACCCUCGUCUCAAACUGGGCACCCGAAAAAAUCUCAGCAGCAUGCAGCAAAGUCGCGAUCUUUACGAAGACUACUACCCUCACCACCGCCACGGAAACAGUCUACACGGCAACCGACGCUUUCACAACGACUCAGAUUAGCGUUGCCCCUGCACCUACUACGACGCUUGUUAUUACCUCUCCGCUCAUCAAUACCGUGAGUGCGACCUUGACCACUCUGGCAACUGUCACGUCCCGAGUCGCCGCACCGGCUCCUGUCUGUACGCCUUUGUGCUGCGCAAACAUAGCCACCUGGUCUACGAACCCCACUGUCUGGGGCAACAUCUGCGGAUACUUCCCCUUGACAGGACCGAUGGAAUUGAUAGGAGCACGAUGCAUUCCUAGGCCCGCUUCUGGUAUGUAUCUCUAA